AACGUCAAAAAGUUUAAAAGAAGAAGAACAAUAGAAAAAAUAUAUCAGGAAAAAAGGAGGCGGAAUUUGGGAAGCAAAAUCAAGUGCAUUUUAUCAUUGAUAAUUGAUAAAAAAAGGGCAAAAUAAUUGAGUAAAAACUCUUGUAAUAAAAUAUAAAGCAGAUAUAUCAAAAUGAGUUUUGCGGAUAAGAUCACUAGUCUGAUGGCCAGGCCCAAUCAACAGCCUGGACCAGCAGAUGAUCAGCCCUGGUACUUCAAAUAUGGUGUACGAUUUCUUGGAAUUACAGGAGCUUUCUUUUGCAUAUUAUUCGGUCUCUUCAAUGCUCUAAGCUUACUAUUAUUAAAUGUUUCGUGCCUGAUUGGUGGUAUUAUAGAAAUUCUGUUAGGCUUUCUGGUGAUGGGCCUGGAGGCACCAUGUUGUUUCUUCUGCAUAGAUUAUGUAGGGCAAAUGGCCGAUAUGGUAGAUGCAAGGCCCAUGUGGAAUCGUGCUGCCCUCUAUUGUGUAGCCUCAUUAUUCCCUGUGAUUAUCUGUUUCUCAUUGGGUAGCAUAUUCCCCUGCGCUUUAGUAUUUGCCACAGGUGUUAUAUAUGGCAUGAUGUCCUUGGGCAAGAAAGCCUCACGCGAAGAUAUGGCAGCUGCUGCCUCAUCGCCCACUCAAAUGCAAGCUGAUGGCAGUGUUGGUCAAAUGCAAGUGAGCACUGACCAGCAUAUUACAUUAAUGGAAGAUCCUGAUGUAUGGCGUCCAACAUAAAUAAAUUGAAAUCAACAAAACCAAUAAAAAACCUGAAAAACAAACACACAAAAAGCAAAUAAAUCCACAAUAUCAGUGAGAGAGAUGAAAAUAAUCGAAAUAAAAACGUUACUAAUUUAACCGAAUAACAAUAAUAAUCAUAACCAAAACCCAAAUUAAAAAAAUUGUGUUAAAAUAUGUUUUAACUCCAUAAAGGAAACGAAAAAAUCCAAAAACGAAAACAAACAUUUAUAGCCAUUUUAAACUUUUGUUGAACAUACAAAUGAAACAACUAUUCAAAAAGCCGUUACAAGAUGCCCCACCAAGAGUAUUACAAAACAAUAACUAAACAAAACAAUGCUUAAAAUUUAUAAAAUCUCGAAAAAAAAUCUCAUAAAUUGAUCUCAAAAAGAAAUAAUAAAUAGCAAGCAAAGCAG